CAUCUCGAGUGACUCUGAACCCAAUCAAGGGAGCCAAACGCCGGAAGCGACACGCCCCAGUACUCGACGCCGCUGCUUCUACAGUCUUGUUGGAUUUGUUCGAGCUCUUUCUCCCCCCAUGCUGAUACAGUGAUACGAUGGCGACGCAGCAGCAGCCAGCAGGGGUGAAAACCAGCUAGUCAGCCACUGUGACUGUGACUCGUCUGGAGUGAGAGGAGGAAGGAGAGGGGCCAAAGAAAGCAAGCUUAAAAAAGAGAUCUUGAGGGGGGGGAGGAGAGACGGGGGAGGUCGGAAUGAUGGCAGGCGCGGUGUGCUAGCGGGCUAAAGGGAGGACACUACUGAUUACUGAUGGGGAAAAGGAGAUGCAGAUGGAGAUGGGGAUGGAUUGAUGCGUAGCCUUUAUGCUCCUCGCCUUCUCUUCUUUCUUCCGCCCGUUGCCAGCUCUGGGAGUCCGGGGGUGAGGGAAUGGUGUGGCUGUGAGCGAGGCCUUCCCCUUCUUCCUGUUUGAUUUGUGCGGUGAGGACGGAGCUGGUAUGCGAGUGAGGUGUGCAGACAAGCACCAUUCACAGAUUCACAACUAAACCUCACAAAGGAUAAAAGUGGUUUCAGUUAGCCAUCUCUGAUUUCUGAAGAUACUGGCUUGUUCAUAAGAUAGGCAUGGCAGAAUUCAAGAUUGGAAGGCUUGAUGGCCAGCCACCAAGGAUCAGAAAUGUCCCCAUUGCUGUCACACCGGAAGGAUUCUGGUGCUGCCCAUCACAGGCUGCACUUCAGAAGACAGCAAAGAGCCCAAACCAGCAGGGCAGACCUAGAGGAGGAGCAUCCCCUGCUCCAUCAAAGGCAUCCUCGGUUCAGAGGGCGCCGACCGUUUCUUCAGAGAAGAGAGCACAGUCCGCUCCUACAAGGUCUAGAACCAAUUCAGAUGAGCAAUUGUGCCCUCCAGCAGAUGCUGUUGCUGCCCCUGAUCCACCAAAGGUAGUACCUGCACCGGCACCGGCACCGGCACCCGAGAAGCGACCAAAGCAACAUAAGAUUUCGGUUGGAUUUGGGCAGCUCGGCACGAGUGAUCUGAAGGUUGUGCUGUAUGGCAAGGAAGGGGUUGCUGUGAAGAUGAUUGUUCACAAGAACAUCCUUGCUGAAAAUAGUACCUUUUUCGCCAAUAGAAUCUCGAGGCAGUCUCCGGUGUCGUGCAUUGAGGUGCCAGAUUGCGAGGAUGUGGAGAUUUAUGUCGAGACUGUUGGGUUGAUGUACUGCAAGGAUGUCAAGCAGAGGCUGAUCAGGCAAAAUGUUCCACGAGUUCUGCGAAUCUUGAAGGUCGCAGAAUCACUAGGCUUCCGAGCGUGCAUCAUGUCAUGCCUAGAUUACCUGGAAGCAGUUCCAUGGGUCGGCGACGAGGAAGAGAACGUCGUGUCAUCCAUACGGCAACUGCACGACGAGGACCACAGGGUGAAUCCCUUGCUGAGGAGAGUGACAUCUGACAUCCUAGCAAACCCGCCGAACGACACCCUCGCGCACAUCAUCGACUUGGUGCUGAAGAGCACCGAGGACAGGGGCCGCCGCGAGAUGAAAUCCCUGGUCCUGAAGCUUUUCAAGGAGAACAACAACAGCAUCUGCACCAGCAAUGGUUCCUCAGCAGCAGACUCCUCCUCAUGUGUCAUGACCUUGUACAGUUCUUUCCAGAACUGCUUGGAUUCCCUGCUGGCAUUGUUCCGCCGAGCUUCGGAUCCGGAAGUGCUUGCUGGACAAUCUUCAGACGACAAAGAGCAGAUGUUCAGGAAGAUCACUCUGGAGGCUGAUAACCUUCUCUGGCUAGCUGAGAUUUUAUCAGAUAGGCAUGCAGCUGAUGAGUUGACAGUGAUCUGGGCCGGCCAGGGCGAGCUGGCGGAGCUCCACCCCAGGAUUCCGGUGAUGCACCGGCACCUGGUGAGCUGCGUGAGCGCGAGGCUGCUGGUGGCCGUCGGGAGAGGGGAGGCGCUGCCGUCGGAGGGGACCCGGCGGCGGCUGCUGGACGUGUGGCUGCAGCCGCUGAUGGACGACUACCGGUGGCUGCAGCACGGGUGCCGGUGGUUCGACCGGGCGGUGGUGGAGGACGGCGUCGGGCAGGCCAUCCUGACGCUGCCGCUGGAGGACCAGCGGGCCGUGCUGAUGGCGUGGCUGGGAAGGUUCCUCAAGGCCGGGGAUGGCUGUCCCAACCUGCAGAGGGCGUUCGAGGUCUGGUGGAGGAGGACAUUCGUCAGGCCAUACGCCGAGCAGCCCGGGAGCUCGUCGUCGGCAAGGUCGGGGCGGCACUGAUCAGCUGACGUUGCUGGGAAUGACAGCUGUGUUGUGUGAUGUUGGCUGCAGCUUGCAAUUUGCAACUUGCAAGGUUGCAAGAAGUUGGCAAUGAUGGUUUUCUUACAAGGUAGAGAAGAGACUUCGUUUGAAUUAGAAGAUGCUGGAGAAGAGAGGGGAGUAAGUAGAGUGUAGGUUUACUAGUGGUGAUCUUUAACUGAGGUUAAUUUUGUGUUGGCUGUGCUUGUGUUGUAAUGCUUUAUUUGGGAUGUGAAGGCUGUCUGAUUUCUUGUGUACAGAAAUCAGUCAUGUGAGAUUUCACUGCUAGUGCUUGUGACUGACCGUCCUUGUCAGCUCAUCAGGUGUAAAAAAAAUCCCAACAGAUGUCAAACUGUAUGCAUGUAUUUUGCAAAAUGUGGAUGAAACAGGUUUGAAAUGUGUCGAUGGCU